AACUCCAAAUUUUUGAAAAUUUUUGAAUUUCAUCUACUACUUAAGAUAAUAUAUUUAAUUAUAUAUUUUCAUAGCUUAUUGUUACUUAGUAUUUACAAUCGUGACUUCAUCGUCUAUUAUGAAACAAUAUAAAAAUAUUAAAUUUGCUUAAUACUUAAUAUAAUUAAUCAAUAUUAAAUACAAUAAACAAUAAUACAGGAUACAUUACAAAUAACUUAAAAAAGUGGCAUAAGAUUUGUUAUAAUUAUUCUCCAAGAUUGAGAUUAAUUUGCUAUGUAUUGUUGUGUCAUUUGUCUACAGUAUUUCUUAUUAUUUCAAUUAACCAAUGGUUAUUGAAAGACUGACUACCAUUGAGUAUUAUUUUUAUGGAACUGAAUAAUGUUUUUAAGUAUUAUUUUAGUUUUAUAAUUGCAAAACUUGAUAUUAAAAACACUUUUAUCUUUAUUCUAAAAUUGUAAAUUAGUUGUAUUUUUAUAUUACCAAUGUCUAGCCAAAUCAAGCCAAUAAAUAAAUUGGACGUUCAUAAAAUAUGUUCUGGUCAGGUUGUAUUGAAUUUGGCUACAGCAGUAAAGGAGUUAAUAGAAAAUAGUUUAGAUGCUGGAGCCACUUCAGUUGGAAUUAAAUUAAAAGAAUUUGGUAAAGAUUUGGUAGAAGUUACAGAUAACGGAUCUGGGGUUCAUCCUGACAAUUUUGAAGGACUUGCUUUAAAACACCAUACAUCCAAAAUUAAAGACUUUGCUGACUUGACUUCAGUAGAAACAUUUGGUUUUCGCGGAGAAGCAUUGAGCUCAUUAUGUGCUUUAAGUGAUGUAACAGUAACCACUAGACAUUCAUCACAAGAAUGUGGCACUAAGUUAGUGUUUGAUCAUACAGGAAACAUUAAGCUAAAAGUCCCUGUUGCUAAGCAAGUUGGAACAGCAGUUACAUUGUCUAAUCUAUUCUCUUCAUUACCUGUAAGACAUAAAGAAUUUCAUCGAAAUUUAAAAAAAGACUUUGGAAAAAUGAUCCAAGUAGUGACUGGUUACUGUUUAGUGGCUACUCAAGUGAAAUUAUCGUGUAUUAAUCAAACAAAAUCUAUGAAUAAUGUUCUUUUAUCAACACAUGGUAGCAACACAGUAUUAGAAAACAUAUCAUGCAUUUAUGGAUCUAAACAGGCUAACAGUUUGUUAGUUUUAAAAAAAGUCAUUCCUGUAGAUGAAGAAAAUGAUAUACCAAAUAUUUUUGAACUAGAUGGUUAUAUAUCUAGUUGUGAUCAUAAUGGAGGUAGAAGUUCUAAGGACAGACAAUUUUAUUUCAUUAACUCUAGACCGUGUGAGCCAUUAAAGGUUAUAAAAACAGUGAAUGAAGUUUACCAUCAAUACAAUCAAAAUCAAUAUCCAUUUGUCUACUUAAAUAUAACUAUUGCGAGAGCUGAAGUAGACAUUAAUGUGACACCAGAUAAAAGACAAAUAUUUUUGUCUAAUGAAAAUUAUUUAGUCUCAAUAAUUAAAGUAAGUAAUUCAUAUUUAUUAUUCAACUACUAUAAUUUAUAAUGUUUUACAUUUAAC